AGGAUAUUCCCACGGGGUACGAAAGCAAUGCUCAUUUGUGUGGAUCCCAAGAGUAGACCAAAGCCGAGACGCCGCAGGGCAGUGAACAAAGAUGUGAGCGUCGGUCUCAAGCUCAUGGGCACAUCGCUCACAGUCAGACUCAUCUCUGGUCCGGAUGUUCUUGUGAUACAGGGCGGCCCUAGUAUUCAGCCGCCCACUGCAGACGGCUUCCUGAUGAUGGGCUGUGAAAGUCUGACUUCUCCCGUUCUCCGUGUUCGCCGCAAUUUGAUGGCCCGUAGUCCACGAGGCGUAAGCGUAACCCAAACAGUUCUCGAAUCCACCUCUUCUUCUGAAAGUCCGCAUUGGAGAGAGAUCGCCGGAAGCAGUAGCCAUGGCAUCCCCGUCCCGUACCGGCAUCAGGCGGCGCAUCUCUCUGCCCGCCUCUGCAACUCUUGCCGUGAUCCUGAUCCUGUGCAGCACCUGCAGCUGCCUGCAGUUCAGUUACCCGACCUUCCACGCCGCCGACGAGGCCGAUUUCAGCUUCAGCCCCGGCACAGGGAUCGCGAACGGAGCCCUGCACAUCACGCCCGACACCGGGGACAUGUGCCACGGGUCGGGGAGAGUCUGCUACGCGAGGGAGCGGCUCAAGCUGUGGAACGGCGAGCGGACGGCGCCGACGUCGUUCAGGACGGAGUUCGUGCUCAACAUCCUCCCCCGGAACGGGACCGGAGGAGAAGGUAUGGCUUUCAUCCUCACCAACAGCCCGGAGCUGCCGCCGGGCAACAGCAGCGGGCGGUGGCUCGGCGUCACCAGCGACCAGACGGACGGCUCGCCGGCGAACCGGAUCGUGGCCGUGGAGUUCGACACGAGGAGGAGCGGGAACGACGACCUCGACGACAACCACGUCGGCCUCGACGUCAACAGCAUCCGAUCCGUCGGCGCGCACCCUCUCAGCAACCUCUCCAUCGUGCUCUCCAGCGGCUCCGACGUGUGGGUCAGCAUACAGUACGACGGCGCGGCGCUGAGCAUAGUCGCGGUGCAGACGUACAGCUUCGCCUACUCCUGGGCCGGCGAUCUGUCGCAGUAUCUGACGGAGGACAUCGCCGUGGGAUUCGCGGCGUCCACCGGCGAGUUCACCGAGCUGAAUCAGAUCAAGUCUUGGAAUUUCACCACGCUAGGCAGCAGACGGGGGCAUCAGGCGAGGAAGCUGAGAUUGCUUCUCGCCAACCUGAUCGCGCUCGCCAUUGCUGGGUCGUUCCUGGCGUUCUGCGUGUGGAGACGGCUGACACGGCCGGGAGGGCUGGCCUACCGCAACCUCGAGAAGAUGAUCGACGCGCACGGCCCGGUCAGGUUCGGGUUGAGGGAGCUGAGGAAUGCUACCGCCAACUUCAGCUCCGACCGCAAGCUCGGCAGAGGCGGCUUCGGCACCGUGUACCUCGGUUACCUGAAGAGGAUGGGCAUGGCGGAGGUGGCCGUGAAGCGGGUGAUGACGAGCGGCGGUAGCUCCAGCAGAGGGGAGCAGGAGUUCGUCGCGGAGGUGAACUCCAUCAGCAAGCUCUCGCACCGCAACCUCGUGAAGCUCAUCGGGUGGUGCCACGAGCGAGGCGAGCUGCUGCUCGUCUACGAGUACUUCCCCAUGGGCAGCCUGGACAAGCUCCUGUACGCCGACGCCUGCAGAGCGCCGGAGCUGACCUGGGAGCGGCGGUACGGGAUCAUCUGCGGCGUGGCGUCGGCGUUGGAGUACCUGCACCACGGGAGCAGCAAGAGGAUCCUCCACCGCGACGUGAAGGCCAGCAACGUGAUGCUGGACGGCGGGUACGGCGCGCGGCUGGGCGACUUCGGGCUCGCCCGCGUCGUCCAGCGCGACGGGGCCACGCACCACUCGACGCGGGCGGUGGCGGGCACCCGCGCCUACAUGGCGCCCGAGAGCUUCUUCACGGGGCGCGCCAGCCUCGCCACGGACGCGUACGCGUUCGGGGUCUUCGUCCUGGAGGUGGUCAGCGGGAGGCGCCCGGGCAGCCCCGUGCCGCACUACUCGUGCCGCGACGACGACGACGACGGCCACGACGUCUUCGUGCCGGGCACCAGCAGGGGAGGGCGGCAGGAUGCGCACAUCGUGGACUGGGCGUGGAGGCUCUACGGCGAGGGGAGGGCGUCGGACGCCGCCGACGCGGCGCUGGACGGCGCGUUCGACCCGGCGGAGGGGGAGCACGCGGUGAGGCUGGCCCUGGCGUGCUGCCACCCGAACCCGGGGGAGCGGCCGUCCAUGCGGGCGGCGGUGCAGGUGCUGGCCGGCGGGGCACAGGCGCCGGAGCCACCGCUCGUGAAGCCCGCGUUCGUCUGGCCGCCGGCCGGCGGGCGGCAGCAGGAUAUCGAGCUGGCGCGCGUCGGGGUGCUCUUCACGGGGGCGCGUGCGCAAUCCAGCUUCGGCUCCAUGACCUCCAGCUCCAUCUCUGGAAGGUGAGCAGGGAGGAGAUGUAUUGGCGUGUUGGCGUGCUGCACACAAGAGAUGUUUGGGCGUGUUGGCGUGUUGCUCCAUCUCCGAUCUGAAUAUUCGGAUCUGAAUGUCUGAACAUGGUACGAUCUGAAUAUUCCGUUGACCUGAGAA